UCGAUCGAACCAGUCGUGUUUUGUUUUGCGGGCUUCGGAUUUUUGUUUUUUUUUUUUCGUUCUCGUUGAUUUGUUUAUCCAGUGCGGUGGUUCGUCGCUUGUGUUGCAGUUUCGGCUUUUGCAAAACCAAAUCUCUCAAAGUUGGCUCCGGCGUGUUGGUGUGAGUUGUUUCUUUUGUUUCGUGGCCCGCGUGGUGUUAGGAAAGGGUGUGUCGAAGGAAAAAGAGUUAAAAUCAGUGAUCAAUUUAAAUUGUGACGAGCCACAAAAUCAGUGAAGUGGAGAUAAUGAGCAUUUGAAGGGGGAAGAAUACUUUAAAAAGUGAUCAGUUUAGUGGUUCGAGAGUCUAAUGAACCAAAUCGGAGAAGAACCGGUGAAGUGAGGACGGUGCCAAGUGCCAAACGAGAGGUCUCCGGCAGCGAUCGAUGAGCCACGACGAGGAAAGGACAUUUCGGCUCCGCUUGGCACCGCUGCUGGCAGGAUGGGAUAUUUUUCCAAGCGGAACAUCUUCAUCUAUUGCUGUUUUUCGGCGUGUCUGUCACUGAUCACCUACCUGGUGGCGUUUUCCUGCGAGGUCUCGUGGAUACUGGAGGCCAAGGGUACCCUGCCGAUUCCGUCGUAUCUGCUGUGUGCCGAGUACUUUAUCCUGUUUAUAUCAUCAGCGAUUCUCAUCCAUGGACUGUCGACGGGAAUCUCGUGGGGUUUGCUCAGCUGGUCAAUCAUCAUCGGGGUGCUGUCGGUGCCGGAGCUGGCCCUUGUCAUGUACAUGACUAUUCAGUAUUGGGGUUUGCAGUCAGCGCACGGACUAACGGAAUUAAUAGGUUAUUUAGUACGUUUAAUAGUCAACUGCUUGGCACUUCUUUGUGUCAUCCCGACUGCUCUGAGAUGGCGCCAGGAAAAGAAGGUCCUAUCGCAGCUGGAAUCGCUCGCGUCUCGUCUCCAGCUGACGACCCCGACACCGACCACGCCGUUCAACGGAACAACGGUGGGGGCACCCCUCACCACCAACGGAUUGAACUCGCUGCGGGCGAGCAAACGCAGCCAGAUGAGCCGCCGACCGUCGACCGGGUUUGACAACCCGGGCUACGUUCCUGGCGUUGAGACCAACUCGGUGGACAUUGUGCAGCAGUACACGGCGUAUAACAAUCUGUACGGGUCUCAGAGCGAGUUCAACGCUAGUAUAUUCGGUUUGAACCCGUCGCAAUACAUUGGACCUCCGCCGCCGGCGCUUGGUCCGGAGUGCAAGAAGACGCAAUCGCUGCUGGAUCUUCGAUUCAUUUUUCCGCCCAAAUUUCUAGGAUCUAGCAACAAUAACAACAACAUCGAGAAGAAAGCUCCAGCCAAAGAGGGAAAGGGAACGGAUGAGACGGAUAGCAGUAGCGUGUUGAACAACAACCUCAAGAACAAGAUCAACAACAAGCUCAAUGAAAGUGGAAAGGGCAUCAAAGACAGCAACAGUGUGAUCGAGAUGAAUACCGACCCGACGUCGGGUGCGGUCAACGAUCCGAUCUACUACACGAUUGAGUCCAACAAAACCAGCAAGAUCCUUGGCCGGAACUGCGUUUCGCUGGAGAACCUCGGCAACAUCACCCUGACCGAGUCACCACUGCCAUACAAGAAGAACGACUUUGCUCAGUAUCGGUACGGGAACAACCUGCUCAAGAACUACGCGCUCAAUCCGUGGAACGUGAUCGCGUACAACCCGGCUUACAGCGCGUACCCACCGGCGUACUUCCACUACGCCCACCAAAUGCACCCGUACCACAUGUACCACAUGCACCACAACAACUUCCCACCGGCAGCGGGCACUCCCGGUGGAAUGGCCAACGGAGGCGGAGGCGGUGGUGGUGGCUACUUUGCAGCACCUCAUCACGCGAUGCACGGAGGAGGCGGUCAUCACAUGCACCACGGCCUGGGACCAGGAGGUGGCGGGAUGGCGGCACCGUACAGUGCGACCCACUCGACGCUCAGCUAUGGGUACAGCAACGCGUACCUCAACAGUGCAAACAACAGCCGGCAGUCGUUGGGCAACGAGUCGGACGACUUCCGGAAGUACCGGGAUGUGGCGCUGUGAGGGAGAGGAGGAGGAGAAGGUGGCCGGGACCGGGAAAUGUGCAUAGACGAGAGAGUUGUUUUACGAGAUGAAUAUAUUUAUUUAGUGGUUAGGAGACGCGAUAGUGUUACAAAUUUAGGGCGGUGAAGCGAAGAAAUAAUACUCGAAAAUAAAAUUGAAGAAACAGAAGUGGUGCAACGAGGACAUCACGUAUAAGUAGACAAAGAAUCAAUAGUGUCACAGUUACCUUGUAAAACCUAAGAACAAUACACUGUAUAGAGACAAAGACAAUAAAAUGCAACGAAACAUAACUUUUAAACGGAA